CUACACACACCCACACCCACACCCACACACACACACACACUCACUCAAUCCAAUUAUUGUCCAUCCCUACACUCAACUCUCUGUCCCCCAACUUGUUUCUGCGCACUUUCUUUCCAGAUCUUGAUACCCAUUUGAGAUAAACGAUCGUUUGAAUCAGGUACUGCCCUCAUCUCUCAUUCUUCGAUUAUCAUCCAAGAUUCUUUCGUGGUAAUCCCAAAUUCCAAUUCCAAUUCCAAUUUCAAUUUCAAUGAAUCAGGGGUCAAUGAAUGUGAAUAGUCGUUUAAAGUUUUCGUCUUCUACCUUGGGUUUAUGAUAUGAUACAUGUAUGUGUGUGCAAAAAAACGUGUGCUGCGUGCCAUUGACGGAUUUUAUCCCCAACAAGGUUUCGUGUUUAUGAACGCAUUUGGGAGUUGGAUAUGCUGGCGUUGACUUAGACGGGUUCAGAUUUUGAACCUUAUGCUUGUAUUGGAAAAGGGGCUAUUCUAUCGGAUCGAUAUUUAAAAUGUGUGAUGCAUAAGUUUAAAUUAACGCAGUUGAGGCGUAGUGAAUGGGCAUGAAAGAGAUGCAUAUCUUGCCUCCGGCUCGCCAACGCCCUCAAUUAAAGAAGCCCACAUGGAUUAUCAUAUUGGUUUCAAUUCUUUGCAUGUUCUUAGUUGUUGUUUAUGUUCAUCCACCUCAAGAUUCUACUGCCUGCUAUAUCUUUUCUUCUUCUAGUUGUAAGACCAUUUCCAGAUGGCUUCCACCUCCUGCAAGAGAACUUAGUGAUGAAGAGAUUGCUUCUCAUGUUGUAAUUAAGAGUAUAUUGAACACUCCUCCAUUUGAAACCAAAAAUCCCAAGAUUGCUUUCAUGUUCUUGAGCCCUGGAUCAUUGCCUGUUGAAAGAUUGUGGGAUAAAUUUUUUCAGGGCCAUGAAGGUAGAUUUUCGAUCCAUAUUCAUGCAUCCAAAGUUAAACCAGUCCACUCUAGUCGUUACUUUCAAAAUCGGGAAAUUCGCAGUGAUAAGGUAGAUUGGGGUAAAAUUUCAAUGGUUGAUGCUGAGAAACGACUUUUGGCAAAUGCACUGAAAGACCCGAGCAAUCAGCAUUUUGUGUUACUUUCCGAUAGCUGUGUACCAUUGCGGGAUUUCGACUAUGUUUACAACUAUCUGAUGUACGCAAAUGUCAGCUUCAUUGACAGUUUUGAGGAUCCUGGGCCACACGGAAGCGGCAGGUACUCGGACCUCAUGUUACCUGAAGUCGAAAAGAAAUUCUUUAGGAAGGGCGCUCAGUGGUUCACGCUGAAGCGUCAACAUGCCAUCAUCGUUAUGGCUGAUCGUCUCUACUAUACGAAAUUCAGAGAUUAUUGUAGGCCUGGUAUGGAUGGGCGCAAUUGCUAUGCCGACGAACAUUAUUUGCCAACCUUCUUUCACAUGUUUGAUCCUACUGGGAUAGCAAACUGGUCGGUCACGCAUGUUGAUUGGUCAGAACGAAAAUGGCAUCCGAAAUCCUACGUGCAGAAGGACAUCUCUUACCAGCUGAUCAGAAAUCUAUCGUCCAUCAAAGAAAGUGUUCAUGAAACAAGCGACGCGAAGAGGGAAACGACAGUUAUACCUUGUAUGUGGAACGGUAGGAACCGGCCGUGCUACUUAUUUGCAAGAAAAUUCUUGCCCGAGACUUUAGACAUGAUGAUCGACCUUUUCUCCAAUUACACGGCAGUUUGAUCGAUUCUUUGGUUGGGAUCAAACCGACCGGAUUGUUGUAAAGCCAUCUCACUCUCUUCAAACUUGGCUCCUUUUUUAAAGUUGUUGAGCAACUAACAGUUGGGGCAAGUUUGAGUUGAUGGUGAGGAAGAAAGGAUUUCAGAUUUCUGUUUUAUGUUAAUUUGUAUCCUCUUCAUUUUGGUGUUAAAUUUUGGGGGAAUCUUAAUGUAGAACCUAUGGCUCACUUUUUGUAGGUUGAAACAAUUAAUGAGUAUAAUUCCAAGUACAG